AUCUGCACAGGCUAUUAUUACACGGUCAAAGUUCACCAUCUCGCGUGUCACACAACAAACAAAACCGAACACUAGAAACAUCUUCCGUCAACUCCUCAAUAUACCAACGUCCGAAGACAAGGGAUCACAUCGCCCCUUCUGCUCCGACCGAGACACGGAAUAAUGAGGUUCUGCGUGUUGCUUGUCUUAGCUAUACUUCUACUUGACCAGUGCGUGGAUAGCCAGAGUCAAAGAAGAAAGAAGAAAAACAAGAAAUACAAUAUAAUAUCUGACAGAAAGAAAUGGACAGUGUUCCAAUCGUAUAGCAGUAAUGAUGCCAUUCCAACGAUGCCACCUGCUCCCAGUAGUGCGAACACCAGCAUGGGGGGUGGGACACCCUUUAACGUGGGGGGUAUCUUCCCACACCUGACCCUGACAGCCGACAGCGAGGGUCCCCGGUCUGAAUGUGGGACGGGAGCGUUGAUGCCAUGGGCAGACAAACUCUACGUCGUCUCAUACCUCUCCGUCCCUAACGCCGGCAACGGAACGGGGCUCUACUCCAUCGACAGCGACUUCCAGCUAACCAAACUAGCGAACCAUCGUUCGACGUACGCCAACCGUCUCCUGCACAGGGAAUCCAAUCAGAUUGUUAUCGGCGCUUGGUUGAUAGAUAUCCAUGGCAACGUGUCAACUUUCCAAGACUUAUUGCAUGUGCGAGUUGCAGCAACAGCAGAACACUUAACAGAUCCCAAAAACCUGGUGUAUAUGCUGGGGAUGGAUGGUCCGCUGUGGGAAUGUAACGUCUACAACUUGACCUGUGUCCAGCUGUUUGACCUGGUCCAGACACUAGGGAUUCCAGCCGCAGCGGGCGAGCAGCCCCACUUCAAGGCCGCGCACACCAUGAACGGCAGACUGGUGGUGACGAGCAACACAUUCGAAGAGGCAGACUUUGAAGGCGUUCAAGAUGGCGGCCGUCUGGCCGAAUGGACGGGCCCAGGAAAUAACUGGACAAUCCUGGCGAGAACGGCGUUCGUGGAGGUGGCCGGCAGGAGGAACUUCGGCAAGGUCAUCUACGCCCUCGGCUGGGACUACCGUUCCGUCAUCCUCAAGGUCUUCAAUGGCGACGACGUGGCUUACAGGAAGUGGCAGACCUAUCGUCUGCCAAAGGCUAGCCAUGCAUAUGAUCACCUGUGGCAGACAGAAUGGCCCCGCAUCAGGGAGGUGGAAACAGAACGCUACCUGAUGGACAUGCACGGAAUGUUCUAUGAGUUGUCUCCCCUUGGUUGGGCCGGCAGCAUGUGGGGUGUCCGACCGGUGUGCCAGCAUCUGAGGAUGAUCCCUGACUACACGUCGUUCAGGGGGAUGCUGGUUCUUGGAGGGAAUCAGGUGUCCUCCAUCUUUGACAACAACGUGGUGACGGGGCAGGCCCAGUCUGGUCUCUGGUUCGGGAAGACAGACGACCUGUGGGGGUUCGGCAAACCGCAGGGAUGGGGCGCUGUGUGGAGGAGGGACAUGGUGAAGGCUAACACCCCCUCGGAUCCCUACCUCAUGACUGGCUUCGACAAAAAGGUGCUGUUCAUCACAGUCCUCAAUUCCACGUCACCGAGUGUGGGGUUUGACGUGGAAGUCGAUGUCACGGGGGCUGCAGCACAUAUGGCGGGAGAAGAGUGGUUCCCCGUGGCAAGUCUGACUGUGGAGAAGUCCGAGUUUUUCGUUUUUCCCACUGGCUUCAGCGCUCAUUGGGUGAGGGUGGUUGCCCGCCACAACGCUGUUGUUACUGCUUACUUCCACUACACCUAAAUCACACUUCUAUUCCAUUUUAUUGUUCAGUUUGUACUCACGAAUUAGCAUAGAAAUAUAAUGCUAAAUAUGAGUCGCUGAUUGUUGUAUUAACCAUUAUGCAUGACCCUGUUUGUCGUUUGUGUUAAGUGAGUGAGUGAGUGAGUUGGGUUUAACGCCGCUUUUAACAGUAUUCCAGUUAUAUCACGGCGUGUCAGCU